AUCAUAUUAUUUUCGUAAUUAUUAAUAUCAUAUUUCUUUUCGUAGUUUUAUAAUUUGACCGAACACUUUGAUAUAUAGAUUUAAUUAUAUUAUUAUGAACAUAGAAGAUAAUGAUAUAGCAAAUCCAGAUUUAGGAUUUAUUUAGAAUAUAAAGGACGAAAUAGAUAAAGUUCAAUGCUACUAACGUAUAUUUUUUAUAUAUUAGGUCUUGAAAAUUGAUUGAAUAUUGAGACAUACUUAUUUUUUAUCUAUUCUCGCAACUUGAUCGUAACGAGAACGGUCGAGAACGUAAUCACUGUAGUUCAAACGUUUACUAAAUUGUAUAGUCAGUUUGAUUCUCUUCUACGGUUCUAGGAUACGUAACUUUCUAACUACUUGAUAGCUUCAAAUCGAUUACAUACAUUAAGAAUGUAUCACGCGGGAAUCAGGAAAAUCGCCGAAUGUAAUUUUAUAAAAUUGCAAACGAGUAGCCACAAGUUGGCGCAGUUGAAAAACUGUUACUGCUGACUAUUCGUUGGUACGAUAGAUACCAAUUUGCUCGGAAUUGCUGCUAUUUUUAUAGGACAAUGACAGAACAAGUAGAGCUCUAUAGAAAUUAUGCUCGUUUCGUUAAGCGUUUGGUUCUUCUUGCUGGAAUAUGGCCGACGACAAGAAAAGAAAGUUCUUAUUUCUAUCGGCAGUUACCAAUUUUAGCCGUAUCAUCGGGUGUUAUUAUGUUUCUCGGUGUAUUGCGAUUCUGUCAAGAUAAUAUCGGAAAUUUGGGCUUAUUCACAAAAGGUCUAAGCCUCGUAGGAAGUUUCUCUUUGAUAUCAUUGAAGGCUCUGAUGUUUUUUAUAUAUCGAAAGCAGCUUAGUGAACUGAACGGUAUCCUUGAUCCAAUGUUCGAGAAAACACUUGAAAAUCCACGACUGAGACCUAUACUUUUGUCGCUAUUGAAUCUCUUUCGUUACUUCACUUAUAUUUUUUACGUUUUAAUUACUAGUACCUUGCUAUUAUAUAUCUGUACUCCGCUUAUAUUCAUAGGAUACGAAGCAAUCAAGGAUAUACGUCCUAGACGAUACGGUCUUCCAUUUCCAACGAGUUUUCCAUGGAUCGAUGGGACUCCUGGAAUAUAUUAUCACAUAGAAUAUCUUUUCGAAAUACAAUUUGGUUGGUUCGCCAUAUUUGUAACAAGCAGUGUUGAUUCUUUAUUUGGAUUCUAUAUCUUUCAAAUAGUCGGACUUUUUCGAGCCUUAUCUUACGAAUGCGAAUAUUUCGCGCAAUCGGCUGAGGAAUUACGCGAUAUUCUUCAUAAUUGCAUUAAAAAACACAUUGAACUUUUACACUGUCGCAAUAUUAUUCAAAAUGUUUACGGACCGAUCGUAUUCAAUUUGGUCUUGACCAGUGCAACGGUCUUAUGUGCACUAUCGUUCCAAGUAUUUAAGGUAAAAUCAAUUUAUGCAAUAAUAUUUCUCUUAAUAAGAACAGAAAUGACAGUGUCAAAAACUCUUUUAUUCGUUGUUUAUGGUGUAAUGAAAGGAAUACAAACUUUUAUGUAUGCUUGGUAUGGAAGCAUCAUUAUAUCCGAGGGUGAAAAUUUUCGCAGAAAGAUAUAUUGUUGCAAAUGGUAUGCAUAUGGUAAUUUAUCUAUUAUGAAAAAGAUUCUUUUUAUAUUAACACAAAAACCAAUGAUUAUCAAUACGUCAAUGUCGUAUUAUUUUUUAUUACAAACAUUCGAAGAAAUGAAUCACGUUACAUCGCUGAUCUUUUUUCUUUCGAAAAUGACAGAACAAUUGUCUAUAUAUCGUCAAUAUGCGUCUUUCAUAAAACGUAUACUUUUCUGCGCCGGUUUAUGGCCUGUAGAAAAUAAAGAGAGCUCAUAUUUCUAUCGGCAUUUACCUAUUUUGAUCGUAUUAUCUGGAAUCUUUAUGUUUUUCGGUACAUUGAAAUUUUGUCUAGAAAAUUUUGAUAAUAUUAAAGUAUUAACGAAAGGGCUCAGUCCUUUAGGAAGCUUUCUCAUAGUAGCUGUGAAGGCACUGAUGUUCUUUUUAUAUCGAGAACAAUUACGCGAACUGAAUCUGAAUCUCGAAUUAAUGUUCGAAGAAGUACUUGAAAAAGUAUGUUAUCAACCUGUCGUAUUUUCGUGGCUCAAUUUUUUUCAACGUCCUGCAUAUAUUUUUUACUAUUUGACAAUAAUCACAAUAAUUUUGCUUACGUGUACACCUUUUUUAUUGAUCGGUUAUCAAGUUAUCAAGGACAUAAAUCCCAAACAUUACGUUCUUCCUUAUCCUUCCAUUUUCCCAUGGAUCGAUGGUAGUCUCGAUAUACGAUAUCAAGUACAGUUUCUCUUCGAAAUUCAAAUGGGUUGGUUCAUCGUGUUUGUGACCAGUGGAGUUGAUUCAGCCUAUGGUUUUUAUAUAUUUCAAAUGAUCGGAAUACUACGUGCAAUGUCUUUGGAAUGUGAAAAGCUUGGAAAACCGUCUAAAGAGCACGAUAUUAUUUUACGUAAUUGCAUAAGGAAGCAGAUUCUACUUUUCCGUUGUCGCGACAUAAUUCAGAAUAUUUAUGGACCAGUAGUAUUGAACUUGAUGUUGAGUAGUGUUAUUAUAUUAUGUGCACUGAUAUUUCAGUUGUUACAGACAGAAAUAAGUAUAGCUAAAGCUGCUGUGGCUCUUCUUUAUGGGAUAGUGAAAAUGACGCAGGCGUUUUUGUAUUCUUGGUACGGAAGUAUUUUAAUUACCGAGAGCGAAGCGUUUAGACGUAGUGUUUAUUGUAGCGAAUGGUACCAAAAUGGAAACAUUGAAUUGAUGAAAGGUGUUCUUCUUAUGUUGGUACAAAAACCGAUUGUGCUAUCGGCAUGUCACUUAUUUUAUAUCUCAUUGGAUCUUUUCGUUAAGAUAUUGAAUACAUCCUUGUCAUAUUAUUUUUUGUUGCAAACUUUCGAUGAAGCUAAUGAUAAACAUUAAAUCGGCCUGAUAUGUCUUAUUUCUUAAUUUUAUAUAACAAUAAAUAGUAUAAGCAUUAUAUACGCGCACAUGAUUUGUAACAAUAUCACAAUGUGUACGUUAUGUAUAAUAUAUGAUAUAAAAAGUUAAAGCACACGCGAUUAUGAUUUUGUAUUGUUUUGUAGUAUUUGUAUUAGUAUUUGUAUAAUAUUCACUUUGUA